AGUUUCUUUCAAUUGAUCAAGCAACAUCUACUCGUUACAUGAAACAAGCGUUCCGCAAAAAAACGGGCGAUAGCAAGAGCAAAGUCCUCUCGCAAAAUCAAAGGCAAACUGUUAGAAACGAGAAAAAAUACGGAAACGGAAUUAAGCUAAAUUCCCAAGUGACAUUUUAAAGCGUGUGCGUUUAAGUAAGAUAAAACAGAGAAGCAAAGUUAAAUCCACUUCUGGUACAAAAAUAAAGCGGAAGGAUACUAAAAUCGCACAAACGGAAAAACCGGUGUAUUAUGCGUAUCUGUGUGUGAGUGUGUAGUAGAUGUGUGCGGAAAAGCUUCAAGCCAUAACUUAGCGAAACCGCCCGGGCAGGAGGAAAAUCGUGCUGUUCCGAAUGAAGGGAAAUUGAUUUUUCCAGCUCGUUUUUUUUUUACUACUAAUACACCGAAACAGUGGUGCCAGCGUGUGGUUUUUCCUUCAUGUUUGACGCUUGUCAGGUACAGGGACACAACACGGUACAGCGGCGAAAGCGCAAGAGAGCAAGUGUUGAAAAAUUGUGAUUUUUCCACGACGCCCCCACCCCCGUUCGAGUGUGUGUGUUGUCUUGGAAUGCGAAGUGUGCGUGUUGCGUGAGCUUUUCCGGGUGGUUUUCGAGCAAAUGAGCAGCUAGGAAGAAGCGAAAAGCGCGCACCCCCCCGCCGCCGUCACACAAGAAGCCCGACAGAUGCAGGAAAGCGGCGACGAAUCAAAGUGAUAAUCAAGUGCUGUGAAAUUACAAAUAAUACAUUUUAAAGUUAAAUAAGGUACGCGUUUAAGAACGAACGAGCCUCUCCGCCCUCAACUCAACAGAAGAAGACGCAGCGAAAAGCGAACCGAGGGAAACAUUCUGGAAGAAACAACACAAGUAUUCCCAUUUUUCUUCACAUCCCAGCGAGAGAACGAGAGCGAGUCUUGGAAGCGGAAAAACGGAAACAUAAAAACGCAAAUCGACUACGUUUCUAAGUCUACUAUUAAUCGAUUACUCGUUAUAAGGCGUACCAAAACACAACACGCAAAACAACAAAAAACGAAGAGCAAAGCUGACAAGUUCAAAUAGAGUUAUAGAAGCGAGCCACUAAAGAAAGCCACGGGAAAAACAACGAGGAAACCCCCGGAACGAGGAAACUGACCCAACAAUCACUUCGGAAGCACGAAAUCGUCCUUCAGGUUAUCAUCUCGUGAACAAGUGUGAAGUUUCGUGUGCGUGAAUUUUCCUGUGCAGAGAGCACAAGUGUUCCCCAGCAAACGGAAAAAAAACUCGACCAAAGUCGAGACUCUAGCACAUACACUUUUCACCCGGUUUUCACGGUUCGAUUUAUGAGUGCGAAUUACGCUGCAAUCGACGAAUUGGUUGAAGAGUUUCUGAAAAUGGAACUCAUCUCUGUGCCGCCGUAUCCGGGCCAGCUGGGCUACCUGGGAUCGACCAAAGUCAACGAUUUCCGUACACCGUUGAUGCCAAUCCCGGCCAAUAGUAACAAGAAUUCUAAUCAAAGCCAACGCCAUCAGAGCCAGCCGCAGCAGCAACAGCAGUUGCAGCAGCAGCAACAGGCCCCAAGUCAGCAGCAGCAGCAGCAGUCUCAAAGUCAGCAGCAGCUGCAGCGCAGUCAUCACAAUAGCAGUAGCCAUCAUCACCACCAUCAUCAUCAUCAUCACCAUAGUAACGCUUCCCACCAGAGCCAGCUGCAGCAUCAGCAGCAGCAGCAGCAGCAGUUGUUGCAGCGUCAGCAGCAGCAGCAGCAGCAGCAGCAGUACUAUAGCGAGAACCAGUAUCCGCUGGAGCCGGCGACGAUAGCGCUGACUGCCUCGCCGCACGAGGAUGCGCUGCAGAAGCUGACCCAGCGGCUCGAGAGCGAGCUGCGCAUUGCCAAGCGGCAGCAUCUGGCCUGCACCGAGGUGUUGCUGCCGGCCGAUCUGCUCCCGAGGAUAUCGUCCGAGAUGUUCGAGCAGUCGGAGAAGGAACCGUGCGGCAUCCGUGGUUGCACGAUCUAUAUCGAGUUUGAGGACGAGCCUGAUAACACACGGCGGAUUGCGACCAUGAAGACCGAUCCGAACACCGUGUCCACGUUCGAGCUGUACCUUACGCUCAAACAGGACCGACGGGGAUGGACUUCGAUUUUGCCACAAUUUUUGAAAAAUUUGGCACGUGGCAGUACAAUCAUGAUCAGUCCGGAGUUCCGGCUGACAAAGAACAAGCUCUACCAUGCGUAUUCCGACUAAACCACAUCCCAAUGAUCCCCCACCUCCCCCACCAUCCCCACCCUUCCAUGUCACUCAACCCCCCGCUAUGAGGUUGGGAGGCAAAAUUGGAGGGGACGAAAAAAAAACCCUCCCCCCCCCCCCCCCAAAAACGCUCAUCAGGCGAGUGUGUGUUUCUCACCACCCACCGCACAUCCCAACAUCUCCUCGCGAGAAACGUGUGUAGCGUGGCAGCGUGUAACGUCCGGCGGCGUGUCCAUCAGAAAUAGGAGAACGACAACUGAAAUAUACCACCCCACUCACACACACACACCCCACACCACCACCACCACCACCAAUGCAAGAAAACGAACGGAAGUGAUUGUGUGCGAUGAUGAAACGAAAAAGAAAAGAUGCAUUCAAUGUGCGUGUGUGCGUGUACGUGCGUGAAAAAGUGCAACAACCCCCCCGCGAGGACGCUUUAAAUAUCUCUAAUUGGAGUGCAUUUCUCUGUCUCUCAAUGAGUGUCCUCAGCCAGCUGGUGCGCGCGUGAUGGUGUGCAAUCUGUGAUUAAUCUGGUGGACGAUUUUGCUCGAUUUUGGGAGUGGAAAGUUGAUGGAAGCAAAGCAGGAGGAACUACCCUCCUCUUGUUCCCUCUCGCGCCCCUCUCCACUACAACCCCCCCAUCGAACUGUGAUUAUGUGAUUAUGCGCUCGAAUCGUUAUGUUUGUUUUGUGCCCCUUGGAGCAGUAGAAGAAAACAAAUGGCCAUCGAAAGAGAGGAAGGUAUGGAAGCAGUUGAAUGAUAUGUGGACAGUAUCAUCGAAUCGAGUAAGAAGAUUUCCCGGCGUGAGUUCACGCGUGUGUGCUUGUGUGCGUGGUGUGUGUGGCUCGUAAUUUCAUCGCACCGGGGUGGUAGUGCAUUCGAUAAUCAGCAGCAGCAGCAUAGCGUCCCUUUUACGCACAUCUGUCGUGGUGUGUUUGGGAAUAAUCAACAGCACAACACCCACCCCCCGCUGUGGAGUGCACACAUCCCUUCGCGAGCGCGCCAUCCGCCGCAUUUGGAAGGAUCGGAUAUUCAGCAGCAUCAGGAAAGAAGGAGAGAUAGUCAGCAUAUGUGUGUAAUCAGCCAGCCAACAGUCGUGGGGGAGUAUCAUCUUCUCAAAAGUCGUGUGUGAUCGUCCACUUUCUGGUCUCAUUGGGGGUUGUUGCAGCAUCACAACCUGCUCCUAGCAUCCAGCAUCAACAUGCACGCACAGACACUACAGCUCAUUUGUGUGGAUGUGUGUGUGUGUGUGUGCAUGCGUCGUCAACCCUUGGAAUCUGGAACCCCCCGGUCAGCAGCAGCAGCAGCGCGCGGCACCAAAAAAAAAAACCCGAGAGCGAGUGUUGCCGGACUUGUGCCGUGAGUGAGUGUGCGUUUUAAUAGGAACAGCGGAAAGGUAGGACGCGGAUUUUCACCAAUUUUUUUGUAUUAUUUGUUCCCUUAAUCUUGCGCAAGGCGAGAGUAUAUCGAGAAGAAGAAAAAAACAAAUAGAAGCAGGGAAGAGAAGAAAAAGGGACAAACGAAAAGAAAAGAAAAAGAAACGAAAGCAACAAAAACAAAUUACUCUAUAAUAUGUUAUGUAGGGUGAACCUCCCCUCCCCCACUAUUAUGAUAUGAAGCAAAACGGGGGAUGGGAGGAGAUAUGAGAGGUGAGAAAAGAGAUGCAACUGUGUCUGCAUCGGUGUGUGUGUUUAAGCGCGUAUAGAACAGGAGACAAAUUUUUUUGCAAUGAAGAAGCGGAAGAAGAAAAAAAAACACGAAAACAAAAGAAGAAAAGUAACACGAAACAGCUACUUUUUAAGUAUUUUAUAAAUAUUUAAAAACGAAGGUGUACGUUGGGUUCUUUCUCCGUUUGCCGGAGAAACAAUGGCGGGGUGAGGAAUAGGCGAGGAAAACAAAUUGAAAAAGAAACAAAAAAACCCAAGUGAUGAUUAAUGUGUAAAACAAAAACAAAGGAAAGCUGAAAUGCUAUAAGUAUGAACAACAACUAAGAGAACAUAAGUAAGCGCAGGAAAACGAGAAGAAGGAAUUUACUAGAAGAGAACCGGUCAAAGAGCCAAUCGGAUAAGAAAACAUGAAACAACACACAAACACAUCCUUAACAUGUAAGCAUAAACUACACACAAACACACCACGCAGGCAUUGCAAUACAAGAGCUAAAUUAAGAUGAUAUAGUAGGACAGCAAACAAAUUUUUAUAAACAACAAAAAACAAUAACCAGCCGAAGCAAAUCAAUACAACACGCGCACACGCAUCAGCCAACACACGCACGCACGCUGUGGGCAUUCGACCAUCACUAUUACCGUGAAGAAAGUUGGUAAGAAAAUCAGUUUUUUUCCCAAGAUUUUCAAACAUGUCAAUUUUGUUAUUUAAUUAAUCGUUUGUUUUUUUUGGCAAGUACAAGGUAACACAAACUUUUGCGUUGUGUGUAUAUCUCAUGUUGUGUUGAGAUUGAUUCCAACUCAUGCGAACCUCUGGGAUUGGUUCGGUGGAUUUGUUUUCAUUUCGUUAAUUUUCCAUUUUUUUAACGCGUUUUUUUUAAUCUACUUUUAUUUCAAACCAAAUAAACCACAAUAAUUGUGUGGUUGGAGUAGGUUUGGCUUUCUGCUUCUGUGUGUUUACUUGCGCAAACACACAAUCCCGACGAAUCGUCAAACGUGUUUGAUGAGGAUACUAUCGUUUCAUAGCGGGUUUGGUUUUCUGGGUAUUUUAUACAAAAAAGUAUUUCGUUCUCCAUCUGUCCAAUGUGUGUGCGUGCUUAGGUUACUGUAAAGCUGAUGCGUCUCAUACGAAGGAGAAAGGGCUAAAACCCCUUGGCUUGUGCGUAUGUGUUGGUUGGUUUAAUGCUUUCGGCUGGGGUUUGGUUGAAUAUUUUAAAUCUGCAACACUCGUCUAAUUGUGAACGAAUUAUUGUGAUGAUUUCCUAGUGAUUUUCCAAUUUUCCUCUUACAUAUUACGCGUCCUCCUUUACCCAAUCCUCCAUCCUGUCGGGAGGGUAGGGAUGAGAACCCAAGGGGGUCCUUCAUAUUUUCCACCGCGUAUCGGAGGACAGUGGUUUGUGCUUUUGUUUGUUGGCUGGGAAAGCAAGGGGGGCCGAUGAUCCCACCCACUCUCCCACCCGGGUGCGAAAGGAAGGACAGGACAAAGCAGGCAAAACAAAUUUAGAAACCCCGUGAGGAGAUUUUGCGUAAGCGAACAGGGCGUUUGUUGAGUUUUUCUUUAAUAUAUAUUGUAGGCAUGUACAAAAACAAAUUCAAUUGUGAAUGCGCGUGUGGCAAGGGGUUUUUUUGUGUUCCAUUUCAUUCACAACUCAAAACCUUCCCUUUCCCACGCGUUCAGGCGGUAUUAAGUGGUGUAUGAAUUUCGAAUUAGUGGACGAUUCCACACAAUCUCACAUAUAACCUACAGCAGACGUGGCAGGGAGGGGUACAUGAGCAGUGGGCGCAGUUAUAGGAUUUUCAAAUUGUUUUUUACAUCCAACAAAUAAUGGAAAAGAAUAAUUAUUACUAUAAGGAAUACGCGACCAAGCGCUGAUUAAGUUGAGAUGAAAAGCAGGAACAAAACACUGUGUGUGUGUGUGUGAGGGAGGGAGAGAGAAAGGGAGAGAGCAGCAACGAAAGCAUUUGCGCACAUGUAUGUGUGUAUGAGUGUGUGUGUUUGCAAAGCAAACAAACAAACAAACGAAAAAGAUAAUACAAAUCAGUGUACGAUACCGUAACAACUUGUAAUAGUUUUGCUUUUUCUUUCUGUCCUUUGCGAUAAGGGGAUGGAAAACCAAAAAAAUCGGUCACGUUAAGAACAAUACAAGAAAAACACACACCUCUUACCAUAUACACACAGUGCACCCACGAUACAAACUAAUUUUAAGGGCAAAAAGGGGGGAAAAAACCUGUGCAGCAUGUUUACUUUCCUCUCACACAGUUCAUUCGAACUGUGUUCUGUUCGACUUUAUUGUUCUGGUUUUUGGGAAUGUGUAACUUUCGGAUCAUUUUCAUUUAAUUGUUUCCUUCUUCCUUCUACAAUGUUCAGUUCUUUAACAAUGUUUAGAUACUCUUUUUCUUCGAUGUAAAUCCAUACAUCCUUUCUCUGUCUAUCUCUCUCUCUCUCUUUCGCUUACUAUCUGUCUAGUACAAAACAAAGAAAGCACAGCGCGAGAGUUGUUAAAAUCUGUUUCGGUUCGGUUUGAUUUGUUUUUAAAUGUUUCGGAAUGAUUGGACCUUUUUGCAUAGUUCCUACUUCUUUUCCCGGUGAAGAAACGCCCGAGCUGUCGAUCGAACACUUGGUGUAACGAACCCCAACACUUGUGGUAAAAACAAAACACUAUGGACGAAAAUCAAAAUGGACGCAAAACGUUUGGUAUGUGCAGGGGCAGCAGUGCGUGUUGAAAUUUGAACAGUAAGGUAACAAUUGGACGUUAAAAAGGAGGAAGCAAACAAAAAUGGGAAGAAAAAAAAAACAAAAAAAGAAAUUUAAAAUUUAAAUUGCAAAACAAUGGAACAAAAUUUAAUAACGAACAGAAAAUUUGCAGCAAAAAAAAACAAUGGUACGAAACUAACAUGAUAAGCGAAUACACACAUACAUACAUACACGCAGGUUUUUUUUACGGUGUAGAAUGAGCCGGACGGUGGUCGUGGAGGAGGAGAAGCGGUCGUGUUGAAUUGCAUAUAGAGGUAAGCCGUGGAAGUCAGGAAAGCCGAUAAUAAAGCAUUUGUGAGUAAAGGGAUGGAAAGGAGAACAAGCAGUUAGGAUGAGGAUACAUACAGAUACACGCGCAUACACUAAGACACUAAGUACAGUACACAUAUACACAUCACGGAUGGAAACUAAAAAAACUCCUUACAGCAAACAAGAAAAACAAAACAACACAAUGGUGUAGUGCCGAUUCCUUUCUAGCGAGGUAGCUCUUUUCCUCCUGUUUCGUUUGUUUUUGAAACAAGAAAACAAAUCAUUGAUCUUAAGCUUAAGCAUUGGAAUAGGAGGAUAUUUUUUGAAAAUGUUUUUCCUUUUUCUCUUUUGUCUAACAACAAAACAAACUACACACGCGAAGAGAAUACUUGGCUGCGUUAAAAGUGGCGGAACAAACAAAACAAACAAUGAGAAGAAGUGAAAACAAAACAAAAAACAAAAUAAUCAAGCGUAAGUUAAAGAGACAAACACACGAGCAUGAUAAGAUAAGAAAUGGAUGUGUGCGCGAAAGCAAACACAAGCAGAAGGAAGCAUUGAGCGAUGAUAAUAUGAUAAGCGACGUGGAAAAGAAUUGCAGGAGAAAAACUGGAAAGGGAUAUCUAAAUAUCCCCCCUCCCCGUUGUGAACGAGAAAGGAACAAAAAAAAGGAAACGAGAAAGAUAAAAAAAAACGCAGAAUGGGGUGACGCAUAUUGCACGCGCCCGAAAAGAAGCAUGGCGGCAGAGCAUGUGUGUGCAUGUGCGUCGUAGCUCGGUACUGGUCGUGAGAAGAUGAAGGAUACAAUGUGAAAUAGGGAAAAAAGGAUAAAACCGUUUCAUUUGUGAUAUUUGAAUUUACGAAUUAAGGAUAAAAAUAUCUUUCUCCUUUUUUUUUAUUACUACCCCUUUACCGCUACUCUAUUAUUAUUAUUAUAAUUUGUUUUUAACUUAUGUGUAGUAACCUUUCCCGUUUUCUUCUGCAAGUUCUUUUCUGUUUUUUUUUUAUUAUUUGUGAUCUCACUGUCUUUUGUUUUUAAGACAUCCAAUAGUCGUAGAAGUUGUUUUUUUGAAGAAAAAAUAAAAUCCCACAUGAAUAAAAAAAAAUGUGCAAAAUAACAAAUUUACUUUUCUGUCUUUUUAUUAUUUAUUUUUACCAUGGUAUUCACUCUGACACUUGUGUGCACCGAAAUGAUUUUAUUGUUUUCCUUUGUAUGUGUUUUGGUUCGUCUCUUGCGUUCGGUUUUUCCUGUUGAUUUCGUUAUUCUGUUCGCUGUUUGAAAUUUUCCGUUCGUUUCGUUAUGGUUUUCAGCUUUUUCGGUACGAGUUUUGCGUUUUUGGUUCUUUAUUCCUCUCUUACUAUCUGCGAGUACCGCACGACUAUCUACAGCUGUGUAAGUGCAGCGUUGUGUAAGUGGAGAUAAUAAAAAAAGGAUAUCAAAACAAAACUAAUAAUACCGUGGAGAAAAUAUCAAUUAGCAAGAGCCCUCCAGCCUGAUACAAGUACUCAUUUACUAGCAGCCACCCCCGGAUUGAUGGAUAUGAAGAAAAAUAAUAACAAAACAUCAUAUUGAGCAGAACCAGUAUAAACUUAAUGCAAAGUAUCUCCCCUGUUUUACGUCACCCACCCCAUGGACUGGCUCCCCAUCCUCCCUAUAUUGUGUACAAGCAGUUGGAUUCGCAAUACAGCGCAAAUAAAUAGUAAAAUUAUAGUAAUCUCACAGCUACACACUCACACAAACACACCACGAAUGGAAAUAAAGUAAAUAACACGGAAAAUUAUACACUCUCCCAUACACACGUACACUCCACUCAGCUGAAACAUGCCGUCACCGGUUACAACAAUAAACCCCGAGAGUGUUGUGAGAUACGGGCGAGAAAGAAAAAACAAAGAAACACAACAGAUGAAACCAGAAAACUCUAAUUGUUAUUGCUCUUAUAACGUACGUGAGAAGGGAAAGAAGGAAGAAUUCAGAAACAAAACGCCACGACGAAUCAAGCGAUCAUCCAACCGAAAAGCGGCAUUGAAAGAUACGGAACAAACAAACAAACAAACAAACAAAAAAAUUACUCAACAAUAUUACAAAAAAACUACCAAAAAACAAAACUUAAACAAAAACGUAUAUGUAUGUGUCUGUAGUAGUUAUUAACAAAUUAAUCAAUAAAACAAGAAAAAUCGAAACGUGACAAAAACAAAAUAAAAAAAAAAACCACAAAACUACAAUACAUCAAAUUUUACAAAAUCACUUCUCUUCUUACCGCUUAUAUUUUCCCCUAUCUCCCCCUCGGGGGUGUGUGUAUCCAAAGAUGGAAAACAUUUGACAAAUGAAUUGAGCAAGAGAAAGAGAAAUAAAUAAAACAAAGCAAAACUAUCAUCCGCUUGUCGAUGUUGAGCGCGUGUGUGUGUGUGUGGGUGUGGAUGUUUUUUUACGGGAAUAAAAUGGAGCGAUAAAUUAUACUUCUAUAUACGUAAUUUCAUCGUUUCCAUCAAAUUUUCCCUCUUUAGCCUUAUUAAUUUUGGGGUGAAUAUUGUCCGCUAUUAUGAAACAUCAACAACAUGGCCGGAAGAAUGAAGAGUAGCACUCAUACACACACACACACACCACCCUACAAAAUUUACUUCCUGCCUCCCCCUUCCCCCGUCGAGAAGCAUGUACGAGGAAUGAAGGGUGGGUGAGGGAUGGGGAAGGGGUGGUCGCUGGGGGCUGAACAUUAGAACAAAAUCCCACCAAAAACAUGAACUUUUAAUUCCCUCUCUCGCUAGUGGAUGUUUUUUUUCUGUUUGUGCCCUUGCGUGGAUGCGGAUUGUGUUGUCCAGGGUGUAUUGAAUUAAAAAAAAACAGAACAAGGAAACUGAUCUACCAUUACAAACUGAAAGGUGAACGGCCACCCCCGACCCCCUAUCUUCGUUUGACUUUCUCCGCAAAGUCCACUGGCCAACUGUAUGGAAGCUUUCGUUGUUUGCUCAUGAAAAGUCUGAACAAUUUUUAAGAAGCAACGAGGAAUGCUGAAAUAUUGUAAUGCGAUGUUUAAUAAGAAUAGCGUCGUGAAAAACAGAACACAAUCUCACUAAAUCUUGGAAAAGGCGGCCG